GUCUCCCUUACGAGAGCAAAGGUGAAGCAGACGGCAGGUACAACGAUAAUGACGGACGUCGUCAACGGACUGCGCUUUGCCUUCAUAGGGCUGUUUCAGAUUAUCUUUGCUUGGGUUCAGGCCAUUCUGCUGAGCAUAUGUCCACGUUUCCUUCGGAAACAAUUUCUCUACAAAAAUGUGACAGGAAAGGUAGUCUUAAUUACCGGAGGAGCCAGCGGCCUUGGUAGAUUAAUGGCAGACAGGUUCGCACGUCUCAACUGCAAACUGGUUCUUUGGGAUGUUAACGAGGCAGGUCUGGAAGAAGUGGUGAAAGAAGUUCGUGUGUAUGGUGUGUCCUGUAAGGCCUAUGCAGUAGAUCUUUCAUCACGUGAACUGAUCUAUGCUGCUGCAGAGAAGGUGAAAGCUGCCCAUGGUCAUGUUGACAUAUUGGUCAACAAUGCGGGUAUUGUAACAGGAAAAAAAUUUCUGGAUUGUUCUGACAGCAUGAUUGAGAAAACCAUGGAUGUGAAUGCCAAUGCUCAUUUCUGGACCGUCAAAGCCUUUUUACCAGAUAUGAUGAAGCGAAAUAGUGGCCACAUUGUUUCCAUAGCUAGCUCUGCAGGACUGUUUGGAGUCGCUGGUCUUGCAGACUAUUGUGCUAGCAAGUUUGCUGCAGUGGGCUUUAUGGAGUCGAUGCGUGCUGAGCUUGCAGCGAUGGGCUUGACUGGCAUUCAUACCACAGUUGUCUGCCCUUACUUUAUCAACACAGGCAUGUUUGAUGGAGUCCGUAGCAAGUUCAUGCCUAUCUUGGACCCAAAUGAAACUGUUGACAGGAUAGUGGAUGCUGUACUGUGUAACCAGGCUUUCCUGAUCAUACCCCGUUCUUUGUACUUGACUUACGCCAUGAGAGGCUUUAUGCCAGUGAAAGUUGGAGCCAUUUUGGCUGAUUUUCUCGGAGUCAAUGAGUCCAUGACCGGUUUCCAGGGUCGCUUGGGACAGAAGAAAGGAGACUGACACUGUGAUAAUGAUGGUACAAAACGUAAAGUCCAGUUUGUUUACUGUAUUAGCAUUACCCAUCGUCCCAGUUUCUCCAUGAAGUGGACUCUAUCUCCUCUGGGAGUAAAAUAACAUUUUUCUUUGAAUGAAAUAUUUCUUUUUACUAAAUUUACUAGAAUGAUAUAAUGACAAUGAUAGCACUUAUAAGCUGUUUCCUAAAUUGAAUAAAAUAUUCACCAUGCUUUUCCUACCUUACAAAAUAAAAUAUCAUCAUCCCUCUAGGCUGUACUUUCACUACACACGUUCAAAGAAACAAGAAAAUGAGUAAUCAUACUCAAUCCCUAUACAGCCAUAUUACCCACACUUUGUGAGAAAGUGGUGGUUUUCAUAGUGUGGUGAAGAAGGCAAGAGAGAAACAUGAGUGUGCAUGUAUACAUAUACUUUGUGUGUGGUGGGAUGAUAUAUGAAGGACUUUUUUGUUUGAUCUGGUAAUGAUCACAGUUGGUGUUGCCUGCAGUUUAUAUUUAUGUUUUUCUUUUUUGCAUAGUUUUAUUUCAAAUCUUUAUUUUCUAAUUCUAUAUAUUUUUUAUUUUCAUCUCAUAAUGCAUCCCAUUUAAAAAAAGUGAAUUAUGUUCAAAGGAGUAUAAUUAUUUUUGUGUUUGUUUGUUUUUUUUGUUUGGUAAAUGCUUUAAACUUUGCCCAGGGAUGCUGUUAGUGGGAGAAGGUUGAUCAUAAUUAUGCAAAUUUGCAUUUGAAACAUGGUAUGAUUACAGUCACCAAAUAUAAUUACACCAAAGAGGUAUCCUCUUUGAUUACACAAUUACAACCAGAUGUGAUCGCAGAUGCAGCUUAGAGCAAUCUAAACAAUUGUUUGUUAUUUUUAUUAUGAUUUUACAAUAAAAUUUUGUAUCCUUUGCA